GGCGGCGGCGCCCAUGGCGGCGGCGGCGGGUGGGGAGGCGCCCGCGGGCGGCCAGGCCGAGCCCAACCCCUUCUCCUUCCGCGAGUUCGUGCGCAGCAAGGCCCGGAGCGGCGGGGGGGCCGCCGCCGCCGCCCGCCAGGCCGCGGCGCGCCCCGAGCCCGAGGCGCAGGGCGAGGAUGAGGAGUGGAGCGGGAGCUACCGGCCCUCGGCGGUGGAGCGGGCCCACCUGGAGGCGGCGGGCAGCCGCGGGGCCGCCCCGCCGCAGGGCCUCCCGCCGCCGCCGCGGCAGCCCAGCUACGAGGAGCUGAAAGAAGAGAAUGCCAGUUUGAGAAGCAAGAUCAAUAAGCUUCAGAUUUUCUCAGAAAGUCAAGCAGACAAGAUGAGAAAACUUGAAAGAAAGCUAGAGGAAAAUAAAAUUAAAGAAGAAAAAGAAGCUCAAGAUCUAGAAGCAAUGGUGCAGCAUGUGGAACAAAAUCUCCAGCUGAUGACUAAACGGGCUGUUAAAGCAGAGAACAAUGCUACAAAACUGAAACAGGAAAAUGCAUUACUUCAGGUUCAACUGAAAAAUUACAAGACAGAGAAUGAAGCCUUGAGGUCAGGCCAGUCAGCUAGUCUGGCCAUAAUGAAACAAAAUGCAGAUAUUGCCUUACAGAAUCUUCUCACGGUUAUAACAAACUCUCAAUCUUCAAUAAAGCAGCUGGUCUCUGGAGCGGAAUCAUUGCAGCUUGUUGCUGAUCUCCUUAAAUCAAUAGACCGAAUUUCUGAAAUGCCAGAUGAUGGACAGUAAAACGACAACAAUGGACUCAGAUGGAGAACUCUGGUUUCUUACAGAAGUUGCUAGUUAAAGAUUAUUUUCUCAUAUUCCA